AUGGAUGCCAACGGGGUCAAUCAGAUAGUCAGUGCCCUUGGGGUCAUUUAUUCCAGUCAAUCGACGAACGAUGAUAGACGUCAGGCUCAGGAUUUCUUAGAGACUGUUAAGGAAGUGGAAGAGUCGCCUUUUUGGGGAUAUCAGCUUUCGCGUCCAGACAACAAGUUCGACAACAUAGUUAGGCACUUUGGCUUGAAUUUGCUGCGAUCAGCAAUCGCAAGAGACUUUGAUAGCUAUGACCUCGAAAAACAAAUCGCCGUGAGAAAUUGGGUCGUUGAGCUAGCCACAAAGGUUUCGUCUUCGGAUCCUCAUUAUCUAAAGGAAAAGGUGGCAUUUUUGUGGGUAGCUAUUGCCAAGAGGUGUUGGGGUAACUGCCUGGGAAAGGAAGGCCAAGAUAGUUUGGCUGUCCAAUUCACAGACGAACAAAAACUGGGGGCCUGGACUGAUAUGGACUCGAAUUUAUUGGAAUUGUGGAACUACAAUGCAUCGACUAGAGAGCUGUCCCUGAUCAUAUUCAGAACGCUGUUUGAGGAUGUGUAUCUCCUGGAUGAUCCAAUCGUCUCCUCCAGAAACAACGUGCUUUCAUCGCUUUGUCCGGAGGUUACCACCUCUGAAAGAAUACUGUCGUUGAAAUACGAGCCAAAUGAUUAUUUACGCAUGUUUUGUGCUUCCCAAGAGGGUUGGUUUGUGCGCUGGGCUGGCUUUCUGGACGAGUGUCUCCAACAACUGGCCGCCAACAUCGACAACGAAGAUUACAAAAACUAUACCCUUAGAAUCUUACAAACACUCAAGACUUGUCUCCAUUGGAUUUUGCCUAUUGCCUUUCGUGAAGUUGAAAUUUUAGCCAAACUCAGCCGAGCUCUCAUGCUUCCAGAUCCAAAGAUCAAGACUUUGGCCACAGACUGCAUGCACGUUCUGGCUACAAGGUCCUUUUCAGAGGAAACUGAUUUUGAUGAUGUGGUUGGUGCAAUCUUCCAUAGAGACGGUAUUCUCAUGCUUGCUGAGGUGUAUCGCUCCAUCAAGAUCGAUUCUGAUGAUAUAGACGAGCAGGAAUACUCUUUGCUCAAGAAACUUGUUGAGAUGAUCGUUGGUCUGAGCGGGUAUCUUCUCGUUGGAGAAAACACAAAGUUCAAGCUGCCCGCUUCUGCGGAUAUUCCAGGUUACCUCGAGCUGGUUCUGGAAACCACGAACCACGAAUCGCUGAUCAUCUCCGGUCUUUCGCUGAAUUUCUGGUGUGCCCUGCUGAGACGUGAUGAAUUGAGCUCUGACUCGAUCUACGAAGCAAUUUUGCCAACGCUCUUGGAUCAUGCUGCGAACCGACUUUUGAACUACGAAGACUUCGAUGAUGAAAACAUUGCCAGGAAGUAUCUUAGUCUGGACUUUGACUCGCAGCCAGACUCUCACUUGUUUCUUUCAAACUACAAAAAGUACAUGGAUGAUAUUGUUAGAAUAAUCGUUUGCAAGAUCCCUAACGAUGGUUUGAACUGGCUAGAAUCCAGACUUGAGCAGUUCUUUUCGUCACCUCUUGGUCAAAGUGCUAUGGCCUCAAAGAAACUUGUUUAUUCUGGUGCUGGUGCUGAGCCAUACAUCUAUGGGUUUCUUCAAUUUGUGCUUGUCGAGGCAAGUGUUAGGGGUGUUUCUAGAUGGCAGAUGUGGUACGAAGGAGAUGAUAAAGAUAACAAAAAUGAGUAUCUGACGAAACUGGUGGAAAGUCUCUGUGAACGGUUGCUUAUGCUCCAGAUCAAUGAUCCUAUUCUGCUCAGAAAACAGAUCCAGACUCUGGUCCAGUUCACACCUCUGCUGAAGGGAGUGUCUUCUCUUAUGUUCAAGGUGCUGGAGAGAGUCAUGAACUCGUGCACUUUUGACUACCCCGAGAACGCAGAUGACGACGAGAGGGAAUUGAUCAGGGACUUGAGGACUAGUGGGGGAACUGAGCUGAACCGUUUGGCAUAUCUCAUGCCCGAUUCAUUGACUACAAUUUUGGAUGACUUGGAAGUCGCGAUAGCGGACAUAAUACGGUCAGGAAAAUUAUCCGAUCAUGAAUCUGUUGCGUUCAAGUCAUUUUUGCUGGUUGUAUCGCAAAGAUCUUCUAUCAGCAACAAGCAGGAUCGAUUCUCUAGUAUUGUUGAUCCCGAGCUUGCAGCUUGGUCGGAUCCCGCAACUGAAAAAGGCCUUCUGGAGCUCCAUUGGUUCAUGGAAAGACUGGGUAUUGUCAAGAUCUCAGAGUACUUCCAAUCCCGUGGAAUCACUGCGGAGACAAAUUUGCUGACCGCUGAUAUGGACGACACUGGAAGGGCUCUGAAAACCGAACUAAAAAACCAUUGGUCGUCGGUUUUUCCUAUCAGAGCCACAAGAAUCUUCAUUCAAUACAGCAUUGAGAAGCUUGACCAUUCGUCUCAGAUGUACCAGGACUUACUAGCGUUGUGGAAGCCAAGGAUUCAACCCAUUCUGCCACAUAUCUUGCAACUAAUCUCUCAAAUCCAAGCAUACCAUGAUCCUGCCAAUUGGAGAGACUUGCCUGAAGAAGUCCAAGCCUUCGUGAAGGACAGUUGUACAGAAAGAUUUUGGCAACAGGGUGUUUCUAUUCAGUCCAAGGACUCUUUCAUGGAGGAGAGCGUCAAGGCUAUGCACUCUCUGAGAGAUUUUGCCGACAGUGUUGGUCAUAUUGUCAGAUACACCAGAGAGUAUGCCUACCUCACUAUAAGCUCUAUCUCAGAGCUUGAAGAGACCCUCUAUGACAUACCAAAUAUUGCGUCUUUGCUAUGGAGGGCUUUGGCUGGUGAUAGUGUGGGAAUUUCCCUUCAUUCGUGGAGACACAUGAUCAACUUGGUGCUGAGAAAUGUCAUUAAGAACUGCCCUACCAAGUUCACUGCAGGAUUUCUGGGGGAGCUUUUACCUCAAGUUUUACCACAAGUUGAUGCUUUACUCACGGAAAAAUGGACUCAGGUGUACCAGAGAGGUCUCCAGCUUGACGGAAACGAAGGUGAUGAGUCCCUUUCUGAGGAAAUGAUGGAGGAACAUAUGUUGCGUCAACUCACGGCUGUUGUGGAUCGCAUGCUGAUCGACUUGGUGGGUCAAUUGGGUAACACUCCUUUGCUCCCACGCCAAUUGGAGUCGCGUCAAGUUAUCUUCAGGAAUAAGGCUGUGUUGGCUCCCUUCUUGCAACUUCUGUGCCAUAUAAUCAUGUUCAAAGACACAAGAUGUUCGUUCAACGCUAUCCUCAUCAUAAGGAACAUGCUUUCCGACAUUCUGGGAUGGGAUGAUGAAGUUGACAAAUAUCUGUGUGAAAACUUGAUGAAGGCUCUGCUUGAGGUUCUCACCGACAACUUCUUCGUUGAUGCACAUCCAGAGGCAGGAUAUGCUCUCACGAAUCUGUAUGUGUCCCUGCGUGCAAACUCUCCAUACCCUGCGCAUGUUCUACAGAAGCUGCUACCAACCCUCACCACUAAGGAGUUGACCAACUUCGAGCAAGUGUUGAUCUCCGCAAAGACCCUGAGACAGAGGAGAAACGCUUUCAUGCAGCUCAUCUCCAAAGUGAAAGGAGACGACGAUAAAACCAUUGAAAAGGACAGAAAGAAACAGUUAGAGAGUGCUUCCAAGAGAAAGAAGAAGAGUGACGGAACAGACGUCAUGGACGAUCCUCUGGUAGAGAAUGGAUCCUUGAAUACGUUAUUUGGAGAUAACUAG